AUGAUGGAGAUUAGUGGUGAUAAGCCAGAGCGUUGGGGCUUGUUUGAUGAUGAGAAGUACGACAAGAAGGUUGAAUACAUGGUUGGCCUUAUUAAAGAUGGCCAUGUUUUUAGCAAAGCUCAUUGGGGUGGGGGUGAUGCUGCGGACCCAUUGUAUGUGUAUUCAGAGAAGGAGAAUACGAAGAAGAGGAAAGGGUUUGUGGUGAAAGGGGAUGAGCCACUCCUUAAACAAAGGCGCAUGAGUGCAUAUUUUCAGCGUGGGGUGUCUGUGGAUGUUGAGAAGUUUGAGAAGGUUGUGGGAAAAGUAGAGGAGCUAGCGAAGGAGGUCGAGAUGCUUAGGGGUCGUUGUGACAAGCAGGAAAAAAUUAUUAGUAAAUUGAAGAACUUGAAGAAGUUCCGUAGUUCUGGUAAUUGUAGGAGUGGGACAAAGAAGCUGUUAAGCGUUAGGGAUGGUACUAGGGUUAGACGUUCUCGUAGAAGUGCCGUAGGUGGUAGUGAUGUUAGGCAUCAACUUCCUGAUAGUGUAGAAGGAACUCCGUCAGGUAGUUUAGAGGAGAAGCGGGGAGAGGAUGGAGCUAGUUUGCUUGUUAUGAUGAAACGUGGUGUUAGUGAUGCGGAGGCUCAGGGGGAGAACAUUGGAGAGGGUCUUGGCCUCAGUUCAACUGAGUUGGGUGAGCUUGGCGUUUUGGUGAGAGCUGUUGUUUCUGAGCCUGUGGUGGAUGGGUUGGAAGAUGGGAAGGUGUUAACUGUUAAGGGACCAGAUAAUGACCCGGAAACCGGUGAUACAUUGGAGGAGAGGUGCGUAGUAGAUGUUGAACCACCUUUGAAGGCUGUUGAGGAGUCACUAGUAGGGGAUGGUGAUGAAAUGAUAGGUCCUUUGAAGUGUGAGAAUGAGGAACCUAGUGUGGAAAAAACGGUUGAGGAGGUUGAAGCUCCAGCGAGUAGUGUAGGCUGUGAACCACCGGUCAAGGGUAGUGAGGUUGUAACCGAGGAACAAACUGCUGAGGAGGUUGAUUCUUCUGUGAUUGGAGAAGGUGUUGAGUGUUCAGGAGCAGGUUCAGAGGAGUUGAAUGAGCCGAUAACUGGUAAUGGUGAGAGUGUUACGGCUGUGUCGGCCGAAAUUGGUGAUGUAAGUGAUAAUGAGGGAGGUGAUGAGGAUUUAGCAGAGGAAGCUGAGGAUGGUGGUGUUGAGGUUAAUUCGCCAGAGCGAGUUGUUUAUGAAGAUGUGAGCGACUCGUCAACACCGCGUACUGAAGUCCAUAAACCAGUUGAGGAAGAGGAGCAACUGGCGGCCGUCUUGUUGGCAAAGGAUCAGAUAGCCGUUCCUGAGGUAGUGCCUAUGUUGAAGGACAGCGACUACCCUUUCUUUGAGAGGGUAUUGAAGGCGAACCCUGAAGUGUGA